CCAAUACACGAAACGUAUUUGCAGAUGGUACUCCGCAAAUCACAAACCUCAAACCACAAAUAAUUCCCCUUAAUUAACGUCACCUCGCUUACUGGCUGCUGCGACCGAUCCGAGCCGCCGAAGCAGGUGGCGCCGGACGUCAAAUCGGGACUUCAAAUGCGGUUGACAACGGACACGUCCGCUCAAUUGAUUUUGGAGAAGUGCGACAGCGACAAGGAAUGGCAUCCAUGACGGUGACGUUGCAGGUGGGUGCCCUCAGAAUCACCAAAAUGCCCUCGGUAUAAAUGAAAUCGCAUGACUAUGCCUAUAUAAACCCACAGCUCAAGUCUUUCCGGCCUGCCCAAAACACCCUCAUUUUGCUUUGGUGUUUUUUUUCGUCGUCGGUGUGAUAACGCUACGGGCUACAGCUUGGCUGAACGUCCAAUCCCUGUUCCCAAACGGAUGGAUCGCUCUGGCGAGCUCAAGCGCCACUUCGAGGUGGAUGCCGACGAGACGGCGCCGACUGAGGUGAAGCGGCUGAGAGCCGACUUCCUCUUUGACAUACUCGACGACGAUGAUGGCUCCACCGGCGAGCAGGACCUCGCGUCUGUGAUGAAGAGCUUGGAGGAGGAGAUCUCCCUCCCGUCCUCUGCUGAUCUGCCGGCCGUAUCCCAUCUCUCGGAAGAGGGACUCGAGGUGGUGCGGCAGCCUGAUCUAGGGUUCCUGUAUGAGGCCUCCGACGAUGAGCUCGGGCUCCCGCCGUCCGAUGCCGCGUCCUCGGCGGAUGUUGCCGGUUUCAGCCGGAUCUGGGGGUUCGACGAUGCGGUUGACGGCUACGAUGGGUUAGGGCUCGGGAUGCGGCCGGAGGAGCGGGCGUUUGAGGGUGGACAAGCGUUAGAAGGCGGACUGUUUGAUUACACUGAUGAGAUUUAUGGACCGUACGAUCUAUAUGAUCUUACGUGGCGGACUGAGUCGCUCCCUGCCGUCUGAUACGCGGCGCUCGCUUAUCUUCUUGCUUUUUAUAAUGGGGACGAGAUGAUGUGAUUGUGAAUGGCUAAUCCUUAUAAAAAAAAAAUUUGGGAGAAA